AUGCAUUCGGUAAAGGAGAAAGUGAGCAACGCAGCAGCUGCAGCCAAGGAACAUGUUGACAUCUUCAAAGCCCAAUGCUCAAGAAUAGUCUCAUUUUAUCCUUGUUAUCUUUGUUCGUGUAUGAAACUAUUUAAUGUAUUCAUUAAAACAACACUACCAUACAUUAUAUAUCUUAUAUGUUUUUUCUCAGUUUGUCCUUGUUCAUAUUUGUUCAUGUAUGAAACUAUUCAAUGUAUUCAUUCAAACAAUACCAUAUAUUAUAAUACAAUACAAUCUGAUAAUGCACAACCACCAUCCAAAGACGUGCCGGCAGAGAAAGCAAGAGCAAGGACAAAGGAAGAGAAGGACAUAGCAGAAGAGAGAAGGAAAGAAAAGGAAGCAGAGGCCAAAAUGGAGCUUCAUGAAUCCAAAGCUGCCCAUGCUGGGGAGAAGUUGGAAGGAAAACAUGGUCAUGGAGGACAUGCUCCCUAUAGUACCCAUUCCAAAUGCUGCCACCAACCCUCUUGGUGGUCAUGACCAUCAUGCCCACCCAAAGAAUUCCUAAUUAGCAGGAUGUGAGUUACUGUUCACUAGUUUUAAUUAAGCAUGAAUACGAUUACCUUCAGUUUUUUAGGCUUUUUUGUAUACAUGUACAAUAAUAAAACUUUAUCCAUGGUCCAUGUCACAUGUGAGUGGCAAAAUGUGAAAUGUUGGUCAUUGAGAAGUGGUGGAAUGAGAAAAUAUAUUGAUCGAC